AGACAGGGGGCGGCAGCGAGCAGCUCAGGUGCGUGAAUAAGCUCCCUCAGUUAGUUGAGAGCGGCGAGCAGCAGCGGCGGCGCUCACUCCGGCAGAGACACGCAGAAGUAUAGGUGUUUCUGCGGAGGUUGAGCAGAGCAGGAGGGAGAAGAGCAAACUUGGACCGUGUGCGUCUGCUUGUCUGCGCCAUGUCAGCCGCUGUCUGUCGGCGGGAUGGCCAAAGGAGCGGGAGCUUUACUUGCACACGUCGCCUCUGUGGUUUCUUUAGCGGACAGUUAAUUACCACCUGAAGUAAAGCUGCAAUUUGGGAAGGAGGAGGAGUGCUUUCAGCUUUCAGGAGAGGAGUCAGCGGAUGUUUAGUCAUGGAGAUAAACAGGAGACUUCGAGCCAUACUCAUGUUGAUAUGGAUCUUCCCAGGUGACGCCCAGAAGGUGGAGAUGCCAAGCAAAGAAAUGGAGGUGGUGAGGGGGCAGAUGGUGGUGCUGCAGGCGUGGUACAGUCCCAGCUCGGACAUUUCCAAAAACACGGUCAUUUGGCACUUCACAGGGAACGAGUCCAAGCAGGUGAUCAACUUCAGCUCAGGUAAAGUCGGCCACGGACACAAUGAUUUCACCAAAAGAGUGGGCUUCAGUGUGACCAUGCCCUCGGCCAACCUCUCCAUCUACAUCAACAAAACCCAGGAAAGCGACUCUGGUCUUUACUUCUGCCACGUCAUCGUCCCCGGAGGUCACGGCAUUUCCGGAGAGAUGAGGCUUAAUGUCAAAGUCCCUCCGUCUCCCCCGGUGUGCCGCAUGACCGGGAACCCCGUGGUGAGAGGCAACGUGACUCUGAGCUGCAAGUCCAGCCACGGAAAACCUGUCCCUCAAUACAAGUGGACCAAAGCUGCCCCCACGUCUGAGGUCUUCUUCUCCCCGAUCCAGAACGAGCGGCAUGGCACCCUCAGGCUGAGCAACCUCACCAAAAGCAUGUCGGGGAAGUACAUCUGCAGAGCCAGCAACACGGCCGGCUCCGACAGCUGCUCCAUUAACCUGGAGGUCAUCACCUCUUCCAAUGCAGGCGUGAUCGCAGCGGCCACCCUGGGCUCGGUGGUGGGACUGGUCGCCAUGGUGCUGUUCUUCAUCUUUUUACUGAAGAGGAGACGAGACUCGGAGGAGGAGAUGUCCAAUGAGAUCAAAGAGGACGCUCAGGCGCCAAAGAGAGUGUCGUGGGCAAAGAGCAACACCGGCUCCGACAAUGUGUCCAAAAACGGCACGCUGUCCUCCAUAGCCACCAGCCCCCGCUCACGAGACCCCCACCAGCCGAACUUCCAGUACCCGUACUCCCCCAUGUCGGCGUCGGACACGGGGUCGGUGAUCAACGCCUACCAGCUGCGGCCCGGAGAGCCCAACACCUUGCAGGGGCUCCCGGGCUACAACGUUGGCGGCACGCCUACGCGGAAACACAAGAGGCCCCCCACUGCAAACGGGGGGCCCCCGCAGGUCCUCAGGAGCCCUGCAGGCAGCAUCCCUAAAAGGACUGAGGGGGCUCAGCCUCAGGUGCCACCUCCGCUCUGCGUGUCCCCGCAGAUCAGCUCCUCCACCCUGACGCGCAUGGGGGCCGUGGCCGUCAUGGUGCCUGCUCAGAGCCAGGCAGGCUCGCUGGUGUAGCAGAACCUGCAAAGACUUCAGAACAGAUCGGCAUCAGCAGACCCCCCCCUGCAGCAGGACAUCACGGUGGAGGGUUUGUGCUUUAUUCAGAAAAACAGUUUUGUUGUUUUCAAAUGCUGCAUUCAUGUUCACAUAAGAGAAAUCUAUUUUUAUUUACACCGUUCAGAACAAAGACUGCUGACAUUUGUAGGCUUCAGUUUGACCAUAUUUUAGUUUAUAAAGUGUCGCAUCAUUGAAGUCAUUUUUUUGACUUGUAUAAAAACCUUAACUUUUUGAACGUUCAUCACUUCACCUGCCUGUGAAGUUCCACUCUUCCACGUCGUUUCUGAUCAAAACCAUCUUUGACCCACAACUACAUAAUAAUGUAUUCACUCAGAUCAGUGCUGUGUACCGAGAGUACAUUCUCCAGUAAUCUACCCAUUAUGUAGCUGGAAUGUAACUGUAAGUAGUCGAUGUGAACCGUGGAGAGGUUUGAUCUUUAGCUGCUUGAUUUAAACUGCAAACAUGGUGCCGUGUGGAGUUCUGCAGAAACUUCUCAUCCAACCCGUGAGUUUUCUUCAGGCUGUUUCCUCCUGCAUUCUGUGAACACGGCAGUGGCGUGUUAACAUGGAAAAGAGAACAUGGAGAUACUUUUCCUGCAGUUUGAUUGUUGACGGAUUCUUUUUAAUAAAGUGUUCUGGAAAUGUUUAUCCAAGAAUUCAUGGAAGAA